AUGGAGCCCCUCAACGUGAAGCAGGAAGAGGAGGAGCAGCUUGAUGAGAUUAAAACUGAUGCCACCAACAUUUCAUUCUCUGCAGUUUCUCAUCAGGUUAAGGAAGAAGGAAGAGAAGUUCUGUUGUCACAGUUUGAUCAGAACCAACCUAAAGACAGAGAUCUUCCAACCAACAGCAUCACUGACCAGAUGAAAGCAGAAAGUGGUAGAGAGGACUGUGGAGGAGCAGAAACUACCAGGAAUCCAGAUCUAAAUCUUUAUGAAUAUGAUUCUAACUCUUCAGAGACUGAAGUCAGCAAUGAUGAAGAUGAUGACCAGGAUGGCAACAAUUCUGACUGUCAACUGAAACUCUUGUCAGAUUCUGAGCCAAACACCAAAGAUCAUAACAAAGACUGGAAGCAGAGCAGGUCUUCUAAAUCACAUGUUAAGGCUGUCAAAUCUUUCAGCUGCCCAGAGUGUGGUGAACAGUUUCUCCAUGAGCGGUCUCUCCAGAAACACAUGAGAGUGACAAGUCAUUCAGGACUGAAGUCUUCAAGCUGUUGUGUUGAUAAGAAAUGUGUUAGAGUGAAGCAAAAUGUAGACUCUAGCAGGAAAGUUCAGACAAAACUAAAAUCAUUUAGUUGUGACGACUGUGGAAAAAGUUUCAGCUGCAUAUCAAAUUUAAACAUUCACAUGAGAGUUCACACAGGACAGAAGCCUUUUGCCUGUGAGCUAUGUGGAAAAAGAUUUAGUGUAAAGUCAAGUUUAAACACACACGUGAGAGUCCACACAGGACAGAAGCCUUUUGCUUGUGACCUCUGUGAAAAAAGAUUUAGUGUAAAGUCAAGUUUAAACACACACAUGAGAGUCCACACAGGACAGAAGCCUUUUGCUUGUGAGCUCUGUGAAAAAAGAUUUAGUGAUAAGUCAAGUUUAAACAGUCACAUGAGAGUCCACACAGGACAGCAGCCUUUUGCCUGUGAGGUCUGUGGACAAAGAUUCACACGCAAGGGAAAUUUAGCUACACACAUGAGAGUUCACACAGGACAGAAGCCUUUUGCUUGUGAGCUCUGUGGACAAAGAUUUACCCAAAAGGGAAAUUUAGACAUUCACAUGAGAGUCCACACAGGAGUGAAGCCUUUUGCUUGUGAGCUCUGCGGACAAAGAUUUACCCAAAAGGGAAAAUUAGACAUUCACAUGAGAAUCCACACAGGACAGAAGCCUUUUACCUGUGAGCUCUGCGGACAAAGGUUUACCCAAAAGGGAAAUUUAGACAUUCACAUGAGAGUCCACACAGGACAGAAGCCUUUCGCUUGUGAGCUCUGCGGACAAAGGUUUGGCCAAAAAUCAAGUUUAAACACUCACAUGAGAGUCCAUACAGGACAGAAGCCUUUUGCUUGUGAGCUCUGUGGAAAAAGAUUUGCUCAAAAGACAAGUUUAAACUUUCACGCGAGAGCACACAGGACCAAAUUAAUGAAACAUACAUAAAAUAUAUAUUUUGGGACUUCUAAGGGUGUUGAAUGAAAUGUGCUACUGAUCUGGAAGCUCUUUUACCUAAAAGGAAAGGCAGUAGUUAUAUUAAAUGUUUUGUUUUUGGAGAAAAAAAGGUUGAAAAUGAAAUGUUUUUUGCCACUAAAGUGUUUUAUUAAAUCUCUUUGUUCACUA